UUAUAUGGUUUUUCCUUUGUGUUUUUCUUUUUCUCAUUGUUAUGUCAGCCCUCUCCUCUUUCACUGAUUUUUUCAAUUACACUUACAAGUUGUCUUCCCCAACUUCUCUCAUUAAAACAGUCUCUCUUCAGCCCCAUUCUCUUUCACUCUCUCUUUUUCUCUUUAUUGUAUAAUGAACAAAAUGCUCUUACCCACAAGCCACUGAUAAACCCUUUUUCACACAAAGCUUUCCCCUUGAUGAAUUGAGUGGUUUUCUCUCUCUCUCUCGAGGUUUUAUAAUUACCUCAACCUUUUUAGCCCCCCUCUGAUAUGAAAUGGAAGAAAAUCUCGACUGUUCAGACUCAAAUAUUCUCUGUUCAGACACCACGAGCUCUUGCUUGGAUGAGUUUGGGGUUUCCACUGCUUGUGACCACCACCUUAAAAUUCAAGUAUUUAAUCAACAAGACAACUUUUUUAUAAACAACAGAUCAACUCCUUUGGUGGGCUGUUCCGAUUUUGGAAUUCAGGGUGAUGAUAGAAUCAAAGACAUGGUUGAAAAAGAGGUGCAGCAUUUGCCUGAAGAUGAUUAUCUCAAGAGACUGAGAAGUGGGGAUUUGAACUUGAGUGUUAGGAGAGAGGCUCUUGAUUGGAUUUUGAAGGCUUCUGCUUAUUACCAUUUUGGACCUGUGAGUUUUUGCCUAUCCAUUAAUUACUUGGAUCGGUUCCUAUCAGUUUAUGACUUACCUAGAGGUAAAACAUGGACAAUACAAUUGCUGGCUGUUGCUUGUCUAUCAAUUGCAGCCAAAAUGGAGGAGACAAAGGUGCCUCAAGCAUCAGAUUUGCAGAUGGGAGAACCGAAGUUUGUGUUUGAAGCUAAAACAAUAUACAGAAUGGAGGUUUUGGUUUUAAGCACAUUGAAGUGGAGAAUGCAAGCCAUUACUCCUUGUUCUUUCAUUGACUACUUCCUGUGUAGAAUCUGCAAUGAUCAAUAUCCAUCAUCAAGUUCAAUGUGCAGAUCAUUACAAAUGAUAUUGAACACAGUCAAAGGUAUUGACUUCUUGGAAUUCAGGCCAUCUGAAAUAGCAGCAGCAGUGGCAAUUUCUGUUUCGGGAGAUAUGCAAACAGUAGCCAUUGACAAGGCAAUUUCAUCUUUCACCUAUGUAGAAAAGGGUAGAGUACUGAAAUGUGUUGAACUCAUGAAAAAGUUGUUCAUUAAUGGGGCUGCUACCGCUGCUGUGACAACUCAACAACGCUCAUCAGCUUCUUCCACUGUGCCCCAAAGCCCCAUUGGGGUGUUGGAUGCAGCCUCAUGCAUGAGCUAUAAAAGUGGUGAAAUAACAGUUGAUCCGAAUGCCAAUCUUUCAAAGGAGGAAACACGGCAACGACAAUGACGACUACGACAACAAAAAAGCUUCACAAUCACAAGAUGAUUUCAAGUGACCUUACCCUUUUCCUCCAUUUUUUUUAAAUAAUUAGGUCCAAAAUCAAUUUGGUUGAAUGGGAACUUUGGUGUGGUUUUGGAGCUCUGAAAGAGAAAUGGGGAAAAUACAAAAAGAAAAAAAAAAGGAUUUCCAUGUUGUUCAAUGCUAAAAGCAUGAAAAGGUUGUCACCAGCUGUUUAUAUAAAUCAAGAUGGCCUCAAAUUACAGCUAUUGGUUUCACAGGCAGAAGAAGUGAA